AUGGAGUGUUCGGAGCAUAGAAAUGUGACGGAAUCAGGAACUGCAGUAAACCAAGCAGGACGGUUACAAGGGUCAGCAGGGCCAUCUCCCAGACACUCACAACACCAGCACAAUAGUCCAGGACUGCAACAAACUCCCGGAUCAUCAUCAUCGCCAAUACCAUCGUCAUCAUCAUCAUCAUCCUCAACACCAACAGCAACAGUAGAUCCUUGUCAGCAGCAACGUUCAUUCGGAGGAGCCGGUGGAGGAGGAGGAGGAAUCGGAGAGGGUGGAGUCAAAGUUCGGCCUCGCCCACAAAUACCACCGAAACCGCAGAUGGACGCCGUCAGAUAUAGCAUGGCAAAUGUACAAGAAAGCUGUGAUUGGGAGUUGGAUACGCUACUGGGUGAGCUCUCAGCACUGGAAUCGCAACUGAAUUCAGCUCUCGGCGGCGAUCAGCUAAUUCUCGGUCUGCCAACCCUCCCGACUUCUGCAUCGCGGAACUGUAGUUUAAAUCAAAGCAAACGGAAUAGCGUUUCGUCCACAACGGUGACGCAACAAAUUGAUUCAAAAAGGAUUCCAUAA